AUGAUUCCCGUCACACUCUUGAGUAUUCUAGCAACAGGACUUCUCGUCCACGCAACUCCGGUUCCGGCGCCAACGGGUGUACCGACUACUGCUGCUGCUAAGACGGAACUUGCUGCUUUGACUGUGGCUGUACUUGGAAGCCAGGAUGGUUAUGCGAGGAAUUUGUUUCCUACUUGGUCCACCAUAUCCGGCACCUGCAACACACGAGAAACCGUACUCAAACGGGACGGCACUAACGUGGUCGUAAACUCCGCCUGCGCUUCUACAUCUGGAAGUUGGAUAUCACCUUACGAUGGCGCGACAUGGACCGCUGCCUCGGACCUUGAUAUUGACCAUAUGGUUCCAUUGAGUAAUGCGUGGAAGGCUGGGGCUUCUGCGUGGACGACGGAGCAGAGACGGGCUUUUGCUAAUGAUUUGGUUAAUCCGCAAUUAUUGGCUGUUACCGAUAAUGUUAAUGAGAGUAAGGGGGAUCGGGGACCUGAGGCGUGGAAACCGCCGCUGGCAUCAUACUGGUGUACAUACGCCAAGAUGUGGAUUAAAGUCAAAUCUGUAUAUGACCUGACGGUUACGACUGAGGAGAAAGCGGCUUUGACUACUAUGAUAGCUACUUGUUAG